AUGUAUCUCUACAUAUCCUUCGAAAUCAGUUCAGGUUUGCAAACGCGCUCAUUCCCAAAUUCUUCUCCUCAUGGCCGAAGUCGGGUUAGUCGCCAGUAUUCUCGGGAUUGCAAGCGUUGGGGGAAAGUUAUCCAAAGGCCUCUGGACGUCGCAAAAGCCUUUGGAAAUGCGGGGAAAGAUGUGAAAGUCGUCGCGAACGAGAUUAGUGCUCUAUGUCGUGUUUUCAACCAGAUUGGCAACACCUUGAAAAAUGGCUCGGAGGCUACCGCAAAUGGCGAACGUUUGGCUGGUGAUUUGUUGGAGAUGUGCGAAGAUUUAUUGAUGGAGAGCCGAGAAUUGCUUGAGGUCUUGCGUCCUCUUGUUGCACUUUCUGAAAGUCAUUACAAGAAAGCUAUCUUGAGGAUCCAAUGGUUAUUCCAAAAGUCAAAAUUUGCAGCUCAUAGCCAGUCUUUGGGAUUGUUGCAAGGUCUUUACUUCGAGAGGAUCUUGAAAACUCGAAAUCAUUUGUUCAGGGACAUAGUCAUGCAUACCUCGAACUUACUGGAAUACUCCAAAACGGCAACCUUCAGCUUCAAAUCUUGUCAAAUCUUGUCAAAUUAUGUCGAAUCAAGCAUCGAUGGCUCUCAAGAAUCUGGGAGACAUGAAGCAGUUCAAAAUUUUAAAGGGAAAAAUAGACUGGGGGAGCCCGGAAACGAAGAUAUCAUUAUAGCUUCAAGCCAAGCGUCAAACUCCAUCAGAUCGAGCUAUGGGAACACAAGUCGAGGGUCUUCAUCAGCAGCUGAACAGCCGAGAACCUACAUCGUGGCACUACGACCUCCUUCCACGAGUGAGCAAGACGAUUUAGACGAUUACGUUACACGAAAUGACUUGCAGUUUACACCUUCAAAGACGAUUCUCGAUUUUCAUAUCGAAAUGGAUUUUAUCCAGAGAGCGACCGUUCGUUUUGCAAAUUAUGCUUUAAAUUCAGAAACGCCUGAGGUUUCAGAAGGCAAGUUACCAUCUAUUUCAUACGUCUCAAGUAGUAGCCAUUCCUAUUUUCCUCAAUCAGCACCGGAGAUCAGAAUCAUGACAAGCCGUUCUUUGGCCAGCAACUCACGACGUACAGAUAACGAGUCGCCUCCGCGUCGAGGUCAGGAGCCUUUUGAACCCCGAAUUGACAGGCGACCCCGCCAGUCAACCCGCCGACCAAGUCGUACUACUAAACACAACCCAGAAGACGUUCUAUAUCUCACCGACUCUCGAGGCUGGGACUUUACCAUCCCGUUUUCUCAUUGUAUAAGCUACGGGAGCCUCCUCCACGAACUAAGAGACAUCUACGCCAACUCACCUCAGUACUUCCAAUUCCUAAAUCAAAAAAAGCUAAUGCCCUUCAAACUCCGUGGUACCGUUUACGGCAUGCAAGACCGGUAUAUCCUACCCGACAGCUAUGAAACCCAUGUCCAUCCCGGCGACCGGGUGACCGUGGAGUUCGAGAGCGAAGGUCUAAAUGGCUCGCCCGAGGAGGUCGAGCUAAAUCUCGGGCGCGUGGUUGGUAAUACGCAGAGGGGGUAUCGGGAGGGGCAGGCGAAAAUCGAGAGCAAGUUUGGGGCGCCGGGGAAGUGGUUUAAUCGGUUUACUAAUGCCGUGUUGGUGGAGGAUGGGGAUCAGAGGGGAUGGUACAGAUGA